UAACCCUCUAUAGGGUAAUUUCAUGAGUAUGCUGUUGCCAUAACAACACACGUCCACAACCCCUAGCAAGCGAUGCCAAGACUAACUACAAUGUUAACAAAAACUAUUUAUCGCACUUACAUACAUACGUGCAUGGACUGAUUGGAAAAUAUACAAUUUGGCCAGUGGAGAAAGAAGGAAUUUACUUAGCUGUCUUGUCCUAGCGAGCACUAAAUAACGGUGCUGAUGGAUUCUAACGUUAGGAGAGCUGUCUGACUCCUGCGGUCCUGCGCCAGCUAAACCCCCGAGAGGCUCAACUGCUCUCCGAUUCCAGCAUGCACUGCAAGGUGCGCUUCAGGUUCUGUGGGUCUCAGUUCCCCCCCGUCAUCGUCUUUAAGAUCUUCCAGUGCGGCGGAGGACAGCACUACAUUUCUGGGAAGAAAAUCUUCAGGCCAUCCAAUCAGGCCACACCCCAGACCUGCAGGAUCAUGGGAAACAGGAAGUUCCUGGACCUGCUGGUCACCGAUGAGCUGCAGCGGCGAGGGCGGAGCGUGGCGGAGGCGGCCCACGUCGUCUGCAUGAGGGACUUCAUGCAGUACUCCAGUCAUCUUGACGAACUGCCGGCAUAUCUUGGUGGCCGUAGCAACUGCUGGCGUACCCUGAGACUCCGCCCUCUUCCUGGCCCCGCCCCAAACCACAGCCGUGUGGACUCAGGCAGAGCUGGCCCAGUGGGCAUGCUGAGACGAGACUUCCUGUCGGGAGCGGCUCCGGCUGACGUGACUGCAGAGGACGCAGGCUUACUGGGAGGAGGAGGAGUUAGAACACUCAGAUCUCCAGCUGCUCCUCCCUCGUCUGUUGCUUCGGUUCUCGUCUCCGAGAGGAUUCACUCCAGUCGGCUGACCCCCUCUUCCUCACGGGCGUCAUCGGCAGCCUCUUCCUCACAGAGAUCCGGAAGAUUCCACCGCAACGUCUCCAUGAAGAUGCGUAAGCUGUACAUCACUGGCCACCGUGAUGAAACUGUCGAAAAGAGCUCAGAGUCACCAGCAGAGGUAGAGCCAGCGGCAUCUCGGCUGGGUGAGGAUGAAGAGGCGUGGUUUAACACAAGCCCCUCCUAUUUAUCAAACAGUUCAGACUGGGAGGAGGAACAGGAAGAAGCGGAGAGACUGUGUGAUUGGUCGAGGCAUUUGGGGGAGGAGUUUGAGCCAAUGAUUUGAUGAUGUUGAUUUAAUGCUUAUUGUUUCAAUGGCUUAUGGAGUAAAAGAUAAUUGUGUAACAAGACACACUGAAUACAGUUAUUUGUACAUCAUUCUGAUAGAUAUAUUCUCUACUCAUAUGGGGUUCUAUGUCUAUGAAAUAAUAAACAUUCACCCAUUGUUUACCCACCACAGAAUACCUUCAGUGGGUUCUGUGUGUGAACUGAGGUAUAUAGGUACACUGUGUGUGUCUAGAUGGUGGCGAGUCCUACAGUUGAGAGCAGUCCCACCUGCAUGCACUGAGUGACGGACAGCUGCUGUUUGGGCUGGGUAUAUGGGGGGGGGACCUCCCCCACUCACUAAAAAUAACUCACUCACUCAGUCA